AUACGCCUACUAAUCGACAGGAACAUGUUUAUCUACAUUUCUACUGCGUGCAAUAUUAUCCUAACCGUACCAAGUUAUUUUUAACUCACCUGAGCGCGUUGACAGGUGGAUUCUGAAGCGUUAUCAGAGCAACGGAUCCCGGGAGCCGAGAGUACGUGGCCAUUAUUGUUCUGGAGAAAAGUCACUCCGACUUCUCAUAUACCAUGGCGCGUGCAGCUGAUGUUGAACUUUAGAACAAGUGAGAUGGCGUGUUGCCAUCACCUUUACCACAUAUCGACUUUAAAAGUGAGUUUGUUGACUUGGUUGAGAAGGAAGUCUUUGGAUACUUUUUAAUUUCUUCAAUACGACACUGAGAUUUUCCCCAAUUAGUGAAAACAUAAAUUACUACAAUAAUUACUUUUCACAUAGUUUUAACCCUGUGUGUAUAUUCCCAAUAAAAUACGUGCAAUAGACUCACUGAAAGUGCUAAACGUGUUUAGAAUGGUAAUAACAAUAUGACCCCAUGUUGUUCAAUGACACAAACGUAGCGUUGAUAAUAACGGAUGUCACGUCACAGCUGUCCGUCUAGGCUCCCCAUUUUCCUCUUCGGUCCAGCGCUUAUUGUCGUCCCCCUUCUGUCUCACCCGAUACUUGGUUCCUGUAUUGCAUGUAGACUAACUAGCUUCUUCUUUAACUAUGCGGUCAAUUGUGGGUUUAAUUGUUGUAAUUACCGCCGCUACUCUCUAUCUGUACAUUCUGUCUUCUUACCUUCCGACCGGACCGCGACAACUCCCACCCAAAGCGACGGAGAACGAAGAAACGUCUGACAUCGACACUAACAAGGACAGUGGAGAAUUCAAAGAACACAGGCUGAAGUUCCCCUCAGACCUGGUAGAGCUGAGGGAACUGGCUGAGCUGCUCCAGUUCUACAAGACAGAACACACUGGAUACGUUCUGCUCCUCUUCUGUAGCGCCUAUCUCUACAAGCAGUCCUUCGCCAUUCCUGGCUCCUCCUUCCUGAACAUUCUAGCAGGUGCUUUGUUUGGCCCAUGGCAGGGCUUGGUACUAGCCUGUGUUCUGACCACUGUGGGCUCCACCAUGUGUUACCUCCUCUCCCAGGCCUUCGGUAAGCGCUACAUCACAAACCUCUUCCCUGGCCAGGUCUCCAUGCUGCAGCGGAAGGUGGAAGAGAACCAGUCCUGUCUGUUCUUCUUCCUCCUCUUCCUCAGGUUCUUCCCCAUGACUCCUAACUGGUUCCUCAACAUGUCCGCCCCCAUCGUCAACAUCCCUGUCACAUUCUUCUUCUUCUCCGUCUUCAUCGGCCUGAUCCCAUAUAACUUCAUCUGUGUCCAGACGGGCUCCAUGCUGUCUGAAGUGUCCUCUCUGGAUGACCUGUUCUCCUGGGGCAAAGUGCUACAGCUGCUGUGCAUAGCCUGUGUGGCUCUGCUCCCCGGGACCCUCAUCAGACACUACAGCCAGACACACCUCAAACUGGACAGCCUGGAGGAGAACAAUGGAGUCAACAAGAAGACUCAGUGAGGAGCGAACAAGGGUCUCCGCGUCCUGUGGAAAUAACAACACAUAGAGGAUGAAGUUGUAGUUGGAGUACCUUGGUAUUUUUGGGAUAGUCUGUACUCUCCAAGUUCAGCCUCCAUUUUGUUGGUAAGACCCUGAGCAUCCUGGGUCAGCCUGUACAUAUUCCUGUCAGUGGGCUGGAUACAGGAGAAAACAUGAUCAAAUAGGUUGGGAACUAAGGAUUCCUACAGUAGAUGACCUCACAGCAGAAGGGAGAUGUGGAAGUCUGUGUGCAUGUUAAGAGAUUGUAUGGACAGAGUCUAUGUCUGUGUGAAGGUAUUUUAAGACAUUUGUGUUUUUAUGGGUGAAGGGAGGAGACAUGUUAAUUCAAAAUCAUUGUGUUGAUGUUCUUGUUUGAUGAAGAUACCUUUAUUUUUUGGAUAGACAACAUUGUGUUGUUGGUACUGAUACACACGUACCUUUUGAAGUGGCCUGUGUUUCUGUUUGAAACAACAAGCUACCUCAAAGCAGAACAAGACAAUUCUAGGGAGGGAAAGGUGAGAGGUGAAUGGGGUUUCUACGUUAUUACAUAGGGAAUUGAUUGGGUCUCUUGUUUUAAAACAUAUUUUUCUGAAUUGUUAGACCUGUAUUUUAUUGAAACACAAUAUGAAACUGCCUAUCAGCGUUAGUGUGAUUGAAAUUUAAAGGCAAUGUUCCCGUGUUAGGCAAAAUGCAUUCACGGUAAAUGCUGCAUAUGUCAGCUCAGUUGGAAAUGACCUUUACAUUUAGAUUACGCAAUCUGUAAGGUUCAGUGAUUCAGAUUGAUUUUCAUCAGGACUCUCUUCAGUCACCUUGAUUGAAUGUAAAUACAAGGGUUUCCUUUUCUAAUUGUCAACAAGUUAUCAAUUGUGAGGAAUGUGUAUUUUUUCAAAAUGUAAAUGUUUUCUGUCUUAUUUGUCAAUAAAAACAACAACAACCAGA